GAGAGAGAGAUGGAGGGAGAGAGAGAGAGAGAGGGAGAGAGAGAGCGAGCUGAGCAUCCGCUAUCAUGCAGUGUCAUUGACGAAAGCACCACAUUGAAUGAAGAGAACGGCACAGUCAACAUGUCCUGUCUCCACAUCAGAGGGGUUUUUCUCACUCUCUGUUUGGCUCCAACUGCUUUAUCAAGCCUUCACCCUGAAUGUGAGUACAUAUUUCAGCUGGAGAAAGAGGAGCUUCACUGCCUUCAGUAUAUUGCAGCGCAGGAUAACAGAAGCCAGGAAGGUUGUCGGCCAUUCUGGGAUGCUGUCGUCUGCUGGCCUCAUGCAGUUAUUGGAGAUACAGUCCACCGAGGGUGUCCUGCAGUCUUCUCCCUCUUUAGGAACAACACAGGUUCAGUGAGCCGUAACUGCACCAGUGGAGGUUGGUCCAUGCCCUUCCCACCGUACCACAUCGCCUGCAGUGUGGAUGAUGACAUUCCUGAGACAGAAGAAUCGUACUUUGCCACUGUGAAGCUGAUUUACACUAUCGGCUACAGCAUUUCAUUAGUGGUGCUGGCUGUUGCUGUGUUAAUCCUGCUGCUCUUGAGGAGGCUGCGUUGUGCCCGGAACUUCAUUCACAUCCAGCUUUUCAUUACAUUUAUCUUGAAAUCUGUGUCGGUGUUCAUAAAAGAUGCUUCUCUGUUCUCAAGUGAUGACACCAACCACUGCACCCUCUCCACUUUCACCUGUAAGGCCUCUGUGGUCUUCUGUCACUACUGUGUAAUGGCAAAUUUUUUCUGGCUCCUGGUGGAGGCACUUUAUCUGAAUUCCCUACUGCUUUCCUCCUUCUAUCACAGCCGUCGGUGUCUGUGGUGCUUCAGUUUGCUGGGAUGGGGUGUACCCGUGCUCUUCAUCAUCCUGUGGAUUGGAACAAGGCUGUACUUUGAGGACACAGAAUGUUGGGACAUCAAUGAGGACUCACCCUACUGGUGGAUCAUAAAGGGACCGAUUGUUGUGUCUAUAGCGGUCAAUUUUAUGCUCUUCAUGAACAUAAUCAGAAUCCUGAUACAGAAGCUCAAUCCUCGACUCAUCCAGUUCAAUAACUCUUCUCAGUACAGACGCCUGACCAAGUCCACCCUCCUCCUCAUCCCUUUGUUUGGUACUCACUACAUGUUCUUCAAUUUUCUGCCCGACUACGCCAGUGUUAACCUGCGGCUCUGUGUUGAGCUCUGCCUGGGAUCCUUCCAGGGGCUCCUCGUUGCAAUUCUCUAUUGCUUCCUCAAUCAAGAGGUCCAGAAAGAGGUCCACAUGCAAUGGCUGAGGUGGCAGGAGAAGAGCUAUGGGGUGGUGUCACCUGCUGCAAAGGGCAGCCAGAUGGACACGCCGUUCUAGAGUGUUUGAAUACGCCUUUAUUCAGCUGUACUUUCACUGACCAUCGCUUCUCUGUAUGUCAUUGUCUCCACUGGGCUGUACAGUUACCAGUGGCUGUCAGCCGUGCACCAUGAAUCCUGAGAGUGCUUUACUGCCCACAAUAGAGGUGGACCUUCUGGUGGAGAAUGGUUUUAAAAUCCCACAGUAUGUCAACCACAAGACAACAUGGACAGAUGUUUAGAUUUCCUUGGAGGUGAUUAAGUGGCCAAGUUAAAGGACUACAGUAUUUGGUAUUUUAUUUAUCUUAUUUGACCUUUAUUUGGCCAGGUAAGACAAUUGAGAACCAAUUCUCAUUUACAAAGACAACCUGGCCAAGAGGCAGCACAGAAACAGGGCAGAUGAACAUCAAAAAUACGUGAGAAGGGAUAAAUGUUAAAUGUCGCACAAACAAACAUCCCCAGAAAACUGGGGAUGAGUAAGUUAAUCAAGCUGAGUGAAUGAGUGAAGAUAAGAUGGAGUUUUACCAAUUAGGGUUUUAUAAAUUAAUAGAAACCAAUGUGUUUGCGAGAGUGAAGAGAGGGCCAAUGAACAGGGAAUAUAAACUGCAGCGGCGUGGUGCAUGACAUCCAGAAUGAUUUAGGAGCAGAUCUGUAAAUGACCUCUCUGUAAGCUAUGAGUGGGAGGACUGUCAUUUUAAGCAGAAGCUGUUUAGCAGAGUGUGUUAAUGAGGAUUUGUUACGAUAAAGGAAACAAUGUGACUUUAGAGAGCCGAGUAUUGAUGUGCGUUUCAAACGAAAGUGAGCAGUCGAGCCACAAAUACCAUGAUGCUUGUAACAGUUGACAAACUGAAUCUCGGAACCAUCCAGAGAGAACAUUUUGUUCGGGCACUCAGCUUGUAGUAGAUUUCUGUUAAAGAUCAUGCCUUUUGUUUUGCUAGUGUUCAGUGUUAAAUGAAGAUUGGAAAAGGCACGUUGAAUGUAGUUAUUUAAGCUGUGGACAGGGCAGUGCAUAAGAUUAGCCCUAAGGAUAGUAAGUGACUGGACUCAUUGGAUAUCGAUUUUUACAUUGGAUUAUAACCAACACAAAUACACAUUAAGACUCAGGCGAUAACACAAAUUAAGUGAUUAUUAAUGACUUUUAUAAUUUCUUAUCUUGGAAUGUGGGAAGCAUCGACUGAUUUUAAUUCCUUGUGCAGCGCAUGUAGAGAUGAACUGGAUGUGUAUUUAUACUGUCUUGUAGUUUUUACACUCUUUUUGCAGCUUAUAUUUAUCAUUAACUCAGCCAAGGAGCAUAGUGUUUUUGUCCAUGUUUGUCUGUGAGCAGCAAAACUCUAAAAAAAAAAAGCAAACAACACAUUUUCAUGAAAUGGUAAUCCACAUAAUGAAACUGAGCAGCACUGAGUCUGUCUCAGAUUAAACAUAAACGAUAUCAUGCUUUAACCAAAAGAUCUUUUUAAAUCCUAAAAAUAAACACUAAUACGUGUUCUAUAGCUUAUAACAACAGGCGAAGAUUGUGGGUUUUAGCCUAACAUUCAUUGUUCAGUGCUUUAAACAACUACACAUUUAUAUAUAAAAAAAUGCUUAUAACUACAUCAUUUGUGUGAGAUAAUCGGUUGAGUUUUCAUGUGUUGUUGUGAAAUGAACUACGUCGUCAUGAAUAACUUUCUGUACCAUGCACUGCCAUCCUGUUGCAGUUUUGUUUGUGACAUGUAAAUGCAACAUUUUGCCUUGAACUGAAUGUAUAAGUUGCUUCUAGACUGUUGGUUUUCAGGUCUCUUGUUCUCUGGUUGAGUGCUGCUGCUUUCGUUGUGCCUUGUGUAACUGCCCCCACCAUAUGGAAGAUGAAUUCAGUUGGCAGCCUGUCCACAUGACAGUCUCUGUGGUCAACGGAGAUGCAGAUACCGUGAUGCUGGAAUAAUAUUUAUCCAUAAAGUAGUUUUAAAAAAAAUAUUCAAAAUGAGUCGUUUU